ACAGUAAAUUCAGUUGAGUUCGAGCUGCCAAACGUAACGGUUGUUUUUUGAAAUAGAAGAGAAACACUAUAUUCUAAUAAGUGAAAUGUGAGAAAAAUAAAAACAAAAAUAAAUGUAAAAAAAAUAGCAACAAAUAAAAAUAUAUUGGAAUAAUACGAAAUAGUAUUUAGCAGACAAUAAAAAAAACAAUACGAAAAGAUAAUACCAAUCAAAAGAAUAUAUAAAAACAGUUAUAAAGAAUAGUAAAUGCUUAAACUCUAGCAACAAUUUAUUUGUUUAUGUUGACAUUUAUAAGAGAAAAAACUACAAUAACAGAAGCGCGCGAAACUGUUUUUCAAAAAAAAAAAAAAUUGCAAUAAAAAACAAAAGAUUUAUUAACGGGAAAAACGACUUAUCGAAAGGAGAAAACAAAAAAAUUUAACGGUAAAACAGUAAAUCAAUUUAUAUUAGUUUCAACCAGUGCAUUCGAGUGUGCUUGUGAGUGUUUUUGAUUUGUUGUUUGAUUAAACUAACGUAACGUUGAAUAAAACGGAAAACGGAAGUGUUUUGUACUUUUUUUUUUGCAAUAAAUGUUAUAACUGUGUGUGCGUGUGUUAAAGUGUUAGUGUAAUAUUUUAUAGACUUAAAAAAGUAGCUUUUCAAAUUACAUACUUAACAAAAUAACGCAUUUUAAUUCAACAUUUCGUGGCUUCUUUAAAUUAAAAAAACUGAUUUUUGUGCUGUAAUGGUUGGCUACUAAAUGAUAAAUUACUAACUGGAAAAAACCAUAUAUUGAAGUUUUAAUAUUUGUUUGCAAUUUUUAAUUAAAACACACAUGAGCAGCUUAAAGUUAAAUAUACAGUUUUAUUAACUUAUUAAAGAAAAUUAAAACAGUCAAAUAUAUUUAUAAAUUGUUUAAUACAAUACAAUGAAAACUAAGUAAACGAAUUUCUUUAUAUAAAAAUAAUUAAAAAUAAUAUAUUGAUAUUGUUGAGCAAACAAGAACAACAACAACUAUAAUUAAAAGUGUUUUUUUCAAAACAACAUUAUGGAGAAAUUAAAAUUUCAAAAAUACAGUUUAAGAAGAAAACAACGACGACGCCACACCAACCUACGAAAUUAUGCAGCAUUUAUAAUUACAACAAUAUUUGUUGUAGUUACAGCAUCAUGUGUGAAAAGUGCCCACUUAAAUGUCAACACUAACACAGCGACAGUUACAGCAGCAGCAAUAGAACCAGCAUUUGUACCCUUAACAGCAGGAGCAUCAUCAUCAUCGUCAUCGUCCUCAUUGCCAUCAGAUACGUCCUUAACAUCUGUACAAAAAUUACAGCAUUUAUCGCAAGAUGAAGAAGAGGAGGCCGAGGCUGCCGAAGAAGCAGUUGAAAUAGAAUUACAAGAAACAUCACUAUACAAUUUACCAGUGGUGAGGGAAUUGAAGGUUGCCACAGCAUCCUCCAGCACCACCACAACUAUGAAUGCCUUAAAUACUGCCAUAGACACAGACGCAAAUAACCGUACAAACAGCCACAAUACAAAUGCUCAAGAUAUUAACAGCAUAACUGCAGACAGCAGAAGAAAUAUUCCUACGCAUUCUGAAAAUAAUUUUUCAUUACAAGAAAAUAUUUUACAACAACAACAGCAGCAGCAACAACAAGUGCAACAUACUAGACAUCCACAACAUCAACACCAGCACUUUGAUCAUCAUCAUCAGCAACAACAGCAACAUCAUCAUCAACACCAAAGCCAUUAUGGCAACCAACAUCAACAUUUAUCACCAACAUCUCAACACCAUCAACAUCAUCAACAUUCACACAACAACGAAAACAACAAUAUGCUAAACAAUUAUGAUUUCAUUAAAGUUAAUGAUGAUGCUGGUGGUGAUCAUCAACAACUCAAGCAAAAUUCCCCAUUUCCCGCCAUUAUAAGUGCGGAUGAAUAUUAUUCCCAAAUACCCUGGCACAAACAUCACAGCAAAUAUUCCAUAGAGGAUUUGUUGAGUACGAAGUUCGAAAAGAAAAUAUCAAAUGAUAUCGAUAUGGAUCCAUGUAAAGCGGGUGGUUUUAUGGGUGAUAUAGCUUUACCCGAUGUGGAAUAUGAUGCUGAGGGUUAUCCUAUAGUGGCUAGUACUCAAGCUUGGGAAGAGCUACCACAAGGUGAUGCUCCUAUGAAAGAGCCAGUUAUGAAAUACAAUGAAACGUUUCAAAAGGAAAUGGAGAUUUUAAAACAGGAGGUGUAUCAUGAGGGCCUGCAAGUGGAAGAAGAAGGUCUCACGGAUAUCAUAAGAAGAAAAACUAAAUUGCCUAGCAAUAAGCCGGAUUUGGAUAAUGAUCUAAUGCAGUCUGCCAAUGAAUUAAUUAAACCCUCCAGCAAUUAUCCCUCCAUUAAUUUAAAAAACGAAGUCAUUUCCUCAGAAGAACAAACUUUAUCCUCACGCAAAUAUCCCAUUGUAAUGGAAACGAAAAAACAUUUACCAAUAGAACAAAAUACUCCCGAUAAGGGAGCUUUAGACAAAACAUUUAAUACCUCUGGAGAAAAAUUCGACUUUAACCUAUUGGCUAAGGAAAAGUCUCAAAGCGAAGAGGAAAAAUAUAAUAAAUCAUCGAUUGGCUUGGGUAAUCGUAAUGUCGAUCAACGUAAAAUACAAUCGAAUACCAAAGAUAUUGAACUGGAUACGGGUAAUAAUUUUGUAUCGGAACGUAAAGUUGUUAUAUUGCCCACCUCGCUGCCGUCACAGAGAUCAACUUUGCCUAAUGUCUAUAGUAAUGCUGGUGGUAAUGGCAUGAAAUUGGAUGAAAUUCAAGAGAUUAAGGGCAGCAGCACGAUUGUUAAGCGUAGACAUCGUAGGGGGAGGAAACAUAGGCGCAGUUAUGGUCACCAUCAUCGCGCAGAGUACAAUUCAAAAUUAGAGAAAUUAAAAGAAGAACUCAACCGGCCAGUGGGCAGAUCAAGACAAAAUAAAAAGCAGCAGCAACAAAAUCAUCAUCAUAUCGAGACACCUGCAUUUUAUAAUGAGAAAUUUAGCAAUAUGUCGCAUAUGGAAAAUGAAACCUCCAACAAUGAAAUGAGAUAUUCCAAAGUUUCAGACAACUUUAACGAUGAAGACUAUGAUAAACCCCUAGAUAUAGUACCAGCUUAUGAAGCCGAACCGGAAGAGGAUGAAUUUAGUUUUGUACGUGAACAUCGUCGCUUGCCCAGAGCUGUAACGGCUAAAAAGGAAAGGGUAUGGGAUUUUGGUGUGAUACCCUAUGAAAUUGAUGGUAAUUUUAGUGGUCUGCAUAAGGCUUUAUUUAAACAAGCCAUGAGACAUUGGGAAAAUUCGACUUGUAUUAAGUUUGUGGAACGAGAACCAGAAAAUCAUCCCAAUUAUAUUGUUUUCACUAUACGUGGCUGUGGUUGCUGUUCGUUUGUUGGCAAGCGUGGCAAUGGUCCACAGGCCAUUUCGAUUGGUCGCAAUUGUGAUAAAUUUGGCAUUGUUGUUCAUGAAUUGGGUCAUGUUGUUGGCUUUUGGCACGAACAUACGCGUCCGGAUCGUGGCAACCAUGUUAUCAUUGAACACAACAAUAUUAUGAAGGGACAAGAUUAUAACUUUAAUAAAUUAACACCAGACGAGGUGGAUUCAUUGGGUAUGGCCUAUGAUUAUGAUUCGAUUAUGCACUAUGCACGCAAUACUUUCUCUAAGGGCACAUAUCUAGACACCAUUUUACCCAUAGAGGUGAAGGGUAAGAAGAGACCGGAAAUUGGGCAACGUUUGCGUCUGAGUGCGGGUGAUAUUGCACAGGCUAAUUUAUUGUAUAGAUGUCCGAAAUGUGGUCGCACAUUCCAAGAGAAUACAGGAAUAUUUGCCAGUCCUUCGUACUAUACAGCUGGUGCUCUAACAAAUGAAACCGAACAUUGUGAAUGGCGUAUAACGGCCACACAUGGUGAACGAGUGGUUUUGAAAUUGGAAAAUUUGAACAUUUUCAAAUCGCUAAACUGCCAAUCAGAUUAUUUAGAAGUUCGUGAUGGCUAUUGGCACAAAUCUCCAUUGAUUGCUCGUUUUUGUGGCAAAGUUAAUAGUGAAAUUCUAACAACCGUUUCCAGCCGCAUGUUAUUGACUUAUGUAAAUACUCAUCGCACUGAGGGUCAUCGUGGUUUUAAAGCUGAAUUUGAGGUUGUUUGUGGUGGAGAACUUUCUAUAGAUGAUAACGAGGGACGUUUAGAGUCACCUAACUACCCUUUAGAUUAUCUACCCAAUAAGGAGUGUGUAUGGAAAAUAACAGUGCCCAAGGGUUAUCAGGUGGCCUUAAAAUUCCAGUCCUUUGAAGUAGAAAAUCAUGAUAGUUGUGUAUAUGACUUUGUGGAAGUAAGAGACGGACCCACACAAGAAUCACCCUUAAUAGGAGUAUUUUGUGGUUACAAGCCACCACCCAAUAUGAAAUCCACCGGUGACACCAUGUAUGUUAAAUUUGUUUCCGAUACCUCAGUACAAAAGCCCGGCUUCUCGGCCACUUUCAUGAAGGAGGUGGAUGAGUGUGAAACCCAAAAUCAUGGAUGUGAACAUGAGUGUAUUAAUACUUUGGGUGGCUAUGAAUGCAGCUGUCAUAUUGGCUACGAACUGCACAGUGAUAAGAAACAUUGUGAGGAUGCCUGUGGUGGAGUUAUAGAAUAUCCCAAUGGCACCAUUACCUCACCCUCCUUCCCUGAUACCUAUCCCGUGUUAAAGGAUUGUAUAUGGGAAAUUAUAGCUCAGCCGAAACAUAAAAUCUCUUUAAAUUUCACCCAUUUCGAUUUGGAAGGUGCCACUCACCAUCAGUCGGAAUGUGGUUAUGACAAAGUGACCAUUUAUUCGAAAAUGAGUGAGAAUCGUUUGAAGAAGAUAGGCACUUAUUGUGGCAGUUCAAUACCACCCACUGCAACUUCGGAAGGUAAUGCUUUGCGUGUGGAAUUCCAUUCGGAUAAGUCUAUACAGAGAUCUGGUUUUGCGGCUGUUUUCUUUACCGAUAUCGAUGAAUGUUCUAUUAAUAAUGGUGGUUGUCAACAUGAAUGCCGUAAUACAAUUGGCUCGUAUAUAUGUUCUUGCCACAAUGGUUAUUCGUUGCAUGAAAAUGGUCACGACUGUAAGGAGGGAGAGUGUAAACAUGAAAUUUCUGCUCCAUUUGGCACUAUUUACAGUCCCAAUUAUCCCGAUUUGUAUCCACCUAAUGCUGAUUGUGUCUGGCAUUUCUCGACUACUCCGGGUCAUCGUAUCAAGUUGAUUUUCAAUGAGUUUAAAGUGGAAUCACAUCAGGAAUGUUCCUACGACAAUGUUGCCAUCUACGACGGUGAUUCUGAGAGUAGUUCCCUCUUGGGUCGUUUCUGUGGAGAAAAAAUACCCUAUCCUAUAUCUUCAUCGACAAAUCAACUUUAUAUGGUUCUCAAGACAGACAAGAAUAAACAACACAGUGGUUUUACAGCCGUACAUUCGACAUCUUGCGGCGGCUAUUUAAGGGCCACAAGUCAAGUGCAACAAUUCUACUCACACUCACGUUUCGGCAACCAUAACUAUGAUAUUAAUAUGGAUUGUGAAUGGACAAUACAAGCGCCUCCCAGCAGCAAUGUACAACUGAUAUUCCUAACCUUCGAUUUGGAGAAUAGUGAAAAUUGUACCUACGAUUAUGUGCAAGUAUUUUCGGGCAUGGAGGAUACCAGUGGACCCAUGUAUGGACAAUAUUGUGGAAAUAUAAUACCUCAGGACAUUAUCUCUCUAACGGACUCUUUGCUGGUGCGUUUCAAAACCGAUAGCACUAUUGUCAUGAAAGGUUUCUCUGCCUCUUAUGUGGCUGUGGAUCCUUUCGAAAAUAGUGAUGAAGAUCCUACAUCUUAUAGUUCAGAAAUGGUAACACCAUUUCCAGGUUCCUUAAAAUCGAUAUACAAGGAAGAUGAAUCCCAGGAGACCGAUGAUUAUAAUGAUUUCAAUGAAAAUCAAUUAGUUAUUAAUAGUCCAUAUUAUACUCGCAAUCGAUAUCAAAAUAGAUACUAAAACUCCAAAGUAACAAAGAUUUUUUCUUUAAAUUUACACUUAGAGAAAAUUAAAAAAAAGAAAACACGUAAACCAAAUAACAAUUUGACAAUAUAAUUGACUUUUUAAAAAAAACAAAUAUUUUUCUGUUUAAAAAUUUAUAACAUAAAAAAAUUAACAUACGUACAUAUGUAUGUAUAUGUAGUUUAUAUAUCAUUAUUAAACACUUAAGCAUAUCAGAAUAAAAACUUUCAGUAAGACUAACUGGGCAAACAGAUGUUAAAACAAGGGUCUUGGUAUAAAACUACGAUCUGGGUUUAAUGUAAAAUUAUUUUGGAAAAUCUGUUGCUAAUACGAGUUUAUUUACGAAUAUGUAACUAUUAAAUACGAUUUACUUAAUGACAAAAAUAAGAAACUUUUUUAUUUUUACUUUAGUUUAACUAACUAGUCUUACUAACUCAAGCUCCGGUUAUAGUUUAUCGGUUAAAUAUUUUUUACCAUAAAAUAUAACCAGUUAUGAAGUAAAUAGGACUUAGUUCGGUUUAUUAUUUUAAGUUUUAGAUAAUAAUUUUUUUAAUAUAUUUAACUAAAUAAUUGUAAAGUAGUUAUAGACUGAGAAAAUACACACACGAACAAAAUAUAUAAUAAAUUAAAAAAAAAAA